UCUACGUUGACCUGCUUUUCUUCCCUUCCCUUCCCUUCCCUUCUCUCCCCUCUCCUCUCCUCUCCUCUCCUCUCUUUCUCCUUUAAUCCUUCCCUAACCCAGUUCCCUUCCUUCUACCUAUCUAUUCGAGGCCGAUCCCCAAAAUCCUGGAAUUCUUCGGGUUGCAGCCCAGCAAAUCAAUCCCGUUGUCUCGCUUACCGGCUGAAGGGGCGCACUUCCGCUCUUCCGGCCGAUGCGAUCCAGUGACACCACCACUCAUCAACUUCUUAAGCUUUCUCCUCUAACAUAAUCGAGGAUUAUUUUCUACUAUCAUGGCCAGUCCAAACGUUGUGCCCUCGAUAGCCCCGGGUCCGGGUCCAGCGCCGCUGGCUCCCGCACUGGCUGCCAAGCCAGCCAUUUCACCGUCUCCUGGUCCCGGCACCCCCGGCUCCGUCACGUCUAAGGAAUGGGUAAUUCCUCCUCGCCCCAAGCCUGGUCGCAAACCCGCUACAGAUACACCACCUACCAAACGCAAGGCUCAGAAUCGAGCCGCUCAGAGAGCCUUCCGCGAACGUCGAGCCGCCCGCGUCAAUGAGCUUGAGGAUCACAUCAAAAAGAUAGAGGAUGAGCACGAAAUUCACAUUGCCGCCUUCAAGGAUCAGAUCACGAGCCUCUCCAGCGAAGUAGAGCAAUGCCGAAGUGAGAUGGCUUGGUGGCGCGACCGAUGCCAUGCCUUGGAAAAAGAAGUUUCUGUUGAACGGAGCGCCAAGGAGACACUGGUGCGAGAGUUCCGUACGACACUCACCACCGAUAAGAGCUCUGACAAAGCUCCUCUGACCCGGAUUGCUGCAAGGAAUCCUGCUGAAGAUCGGAUUGCAAGUGAUCGCGGGUUGCCCACUGGCGGAUCUACCACUGUAGUAGAGGAGCCGCGGGAGGAGGUCCCGCUGGGUUGCGGAGACUGUUCCUCUGUGCACUGUCAGUGCAUUGAAGAUGCUUUCUCCAUUCCCGGUGUUGAGACUCGGUCUUCAUUGGGCAAGCGGCCGGGCAGCCCAAGCUUGACGCGACCCGAUCCCGAAAUCAAACCGGAGCCGGAAGAGAUGGAGAUUGACUUUACAAAGCGAUUUGCUGCACCUCAUACUAUUCAGGACGACCCUAGUACCUCCGUCUCCUCCCCCGCCGUAGACCCCUGCGGAUUCUGCCAGGAUGGAACCCCUUGCAUCUGCGCAGAGAUGGCAGCUCAAGAGGAAGAGCGUCGAAGAAACUCAUUUGAGAACAAUCGGCUGGCACCCAUCCAAAACCUCUCUCAGUUCACACCACCUCCGUCAGAUGGCGACGUGAGGUCCGAGGUCACCUUGCCUCCAAUCAGUCAGGCCACAAAUCCGUGUGCCAACGGACCGGGAACAUGCGCACAAUGUCAGUCCGAUCCACGGCGGACCCUUUUUUGCAAGACGCUGGCGGCCUCCCGCUCCGCCAGCGCUGCCUCCUCCGGUUGCUGCGGCGGUAAGGGUGCCGACGGCGGAUGCUGCAUGUCCCGCGGUGGCAACCCUCCCCAACCCACUGCCAGUUCGCGUCGCUCCAACACGCCCUCCCUAACCCUGUCCUGUGCCGAUGCCUUCACCACCCUCUCCCGGCAUCCGAACUUCUCGCGAGCGAGUGACGACAUUUCCGCUUGGCUCCCCAAACUUCACACCCUACCAAAACCCCAAGAGGUUGCGCCCCCGGGCUCUCGAGCGGCCCUUGAAGUCGAGGCUGCCAGCGUCAUGGGCGUCUUGCGAUAUUUUGAUCGACGAUUCGCUGAUAAAUAAUGACGGAUGGACAGCUUCUUUCUCUUCAAUUGUCUGCACUUUUCUUUGCUUCUAUGUGAUACCCCGAGCCCGAUGCAUGAAUGUCUGAGUUUGUAUUAUACAAGACUAUCCCCCACCUGAACCUCGUUCU